AUGAAAAAGUCUUCGGUAAGAAAAUACUCAGACCCAAUCCCAGUUGAUCUACUUAUAGAUAUAUUCUCUCGAGUCUCUGGAAAGUCUAUAGCUAGGUUUCGUUGCGUAUCAAAAUUCUGCGCAUGGAUACUUCGUCUUCCUGAUUUCACCGAGUUGUUUCUGACUAAGUCUUCCACUCGUCCUCGCCUCUUUUUCACCGUAAAAGCUAAUGGCAAGUCAUUCUUCUACUCUUCAACUCAGCCUCAGAAUCCAGAUAAGAACUCUUCUCUUGUAGCCACCCGUUAUGCGUCUUUUCCCGAAUAUUUUUCAUCUAAUAUGUACUAUACCCACACGGUCUGUGGAUUGGUCUUGCGUAACGGAUGGACAAUAAGACAGCCGCGGGUAAUUUGUAACCCUGCCACGGGAGGGUUCCUAACUUUACCUAAAGUGCUUAUAAAAACAAACAACUUAGUCGAAGUGGAAGCUAAGAGUUCCCCCACGAAGAUUUCAAGAAUCUUACUUGGCUAUGAUCCGAUCAGCAGACAGUUCAAAGUGUUGUGUAUGACCUCGUCAAGUGAUGAAAGACCCAAUACUCAUCAGGUUUUGACAUUGGAGACUGGAAAACGUUCAUGGAGAAGGAUCGAACACAAGUUCCAUUUUAUUAAGAAUUUUAGAAUGCGUGGUGAAGUAUGCUUAAAUGGUGUUUUGUAUUUCGGAGCUCAGUUUGGACAAUCUUCUGUGAUAGUUUCCUUCGACGUUAGGUCUGAAAAGUUUGGCUUUAUUAACACAAAUAAAGACUUGGAAGUAGAGGAUUCUUCUUUUGGGGAUUCUUUGACUUUGUUCAACUACAAAGGUAAAUUAGGUAUAUAUGAUUGGGAUAUAGAUCGGGAUAGAGAACUUGUGUUGUGGGUUCUAGAAGAUGCUGGAAAUCAUAAAUGGUCCAAGCAUGUCUACGUAUUGCCUGAUGUAAUCAAUGAGAUGAUGAUGUUUGUUGGAAUGACUAGUACAGGUGAAAUUGUUUGGUCGUCGUACGACGACGACGACGACCUAUCAAUCCUUUUCUACGUUUUCUUCUACAAUCUCGAGAGGAAAACUUUAACAAGGGUCAGUAUACAGGGAAUAGAAGAGUUUAAGCAUCAUGAUAUAACUAUUGACACCUUUUUACACUAUGUGGAGAAUAUGAAGUUUAUGUAA